CUUCAUUACAAACAGUGCUAGAAAAUUUUAGUUGAAAACACGAAACYAUGGAGCGUUGGGAAAAUCGCGUAGCUGUAGUCACUGGCGCUAGUUCUGGCAUGGGCGCGGCUAUAGCCAAGUAUCUCGCAAAUAACAAGUUGGUGACAGUAAACCUCGAUAUAAAUAAGGAAGGCCACAUGACAGUAAUUGCUGAAGUAAACGCCGUGGUGCGAAAACGUAUGCACUUYAUUAAAUGUAAUGUACGCAAGGAGGACGAAAUAAAUGCCGCAUUCAGAGAGAUCGAGAAAAACUAUGGUCCUAUAGCUGUGUUGGUCAACAAUGCUGGUGUCGUGGGRGAUAGUUUCCUACUGAGUGAGAAUAAUUCGAAGGAAAUGCUAAAAGUGCUCGAAACGAAUCUUCUAGCUGCGGUUUAUUGCACUCGCGAAGCAUUUCGUUCCAUGAAAGCAAAUGAUAUCGGCGGGCAUGUUUUUAUGAUCGGUAGUGUCUGUGGACAUAAAGUGCCAAUAGUACCAAAUAACCCACUAAAUUUAUACCCACCAACGAAGUUCGCGAUUAAAGCGCUCACUGAAAUGUAUCGACAAGAGUUUUUUGGUCAGAACACUAAAAUUAAAGUAACGUGUAUCAGCCCUGGUGCAGUUAAGACGAAUUUACUCAAUCAUCCUGGUAAUAUAACGCCUAAACUUCCAGCGGAACUCAACCCUAAUGCGAUUGCGGAUCUAUUAAUUUAUUGCCUACAAACUCCACCGGAUGUACACAUCCAUGAUGUGAUAAUCAAGCCCUUGGGUGAAAUGGUUUAAUAAUUCAAAUGAAUUAAAAAUUUGUGCCGAUCUCUCGAUAUUGACAAAAUAAAACAAGUAAAGCACGCUAUAA